UGGGCUCCCGGUAGAAACCUCCUGAACCAUGAACACUGAAGGAAUCCUAACCGGGAGAAGCUGACUGAAAUCUAUCGUUAAUCUCAUCUGUAACUUCAAACCAUUUUUUUCUGUCUGUGUGUUGAGCAGGAGAGGAACAUCUUCAACAGGAUAUUUGGAGGUUUUCUGAUGAGGAAAGCCUACGAGUUGGGCUGGGCCAACGCCUGCUCCUACGGAGGAUGUCGGCCAAGUCUGGUGGCUGUUGAUGAUAUCCUCUUCCAGAAACCUGUGGAGAUCGGCUCCCUGCUGCUGCUCUCAUCACAGGUGUGUUACACACAGGGGAAGCACAUCCAGGUCAGAGUUCACAGCGAGGUGUUUGAUCCGCUGACCCGCCAGCACAACACCACCAACGUCUUCCACUUCACCUUCAUAUCUGACCGCGACGUCCCCAACAUUAUUCCAAAUACAUACGGAGAGUCGAUGCUGUACCUGGACGGGAAGAGACACUUUAAUCAGACUGUGGAGAACUGAAAGCAACGUGUCUGUGUGUGUGUGUGUGUGUCGGAGGUCGGUGGAGGAGAAUGAAUGCAGUUAAUGCAGUAUAAAUCCUGUUUAUAUCACGCUUUGUUCAUUUUACACAACACACAUGGUGGCCUGGUUGCUGUUACUUUAUUUGUUCCGGUGGUUUACAUUUUGGUGUAAGGAGAACUCCUACAAUGCAACAUUUAUUAUUUUUUAAAUUCAUUUAUCUACCUAUUCUUUAUUUCACAGUAACGGUUACUUCGUCAGCGUUUACAGAUUCUCAGCAGUCGUGUUUGACUGGUGAAAAUGAGGCGAACGUUUGGUUUUCUGCUCGUAUAUAUUCUUUUACAUUAUGUAACAUUUUUAUAUUCCAUUGUCGCUUAUACGCACAAAACUCUUCACUUUUUUUUAUUCUGAAUGUGUCAGGCUGCUGCGAGAAGGGAGUCAUUUCUUCUGGCUUUAAAGUGUAUAUUUACUCAAAUGCAAUAAAUGAAUUCUUAUUUAUGA